AACUCCUCCGGGUUGAGGGUGGGGGGUACCAUGACAGUUGAGACAGCAGCUUACAGUAUUACAGUGUCCAUCACAGUCAGAGUGCUGCUGUGUGAGGGGGUUUCUCCGUUUUUGUUUUGUUUUUAACAACGGCCAAAUGUGUCAGACUCUAACGGCAGAUAACGACAGCUGAUACUCUUGCGUUCAGAAAUGGCAGCCGAGGAAAUAGACUACAACAUCGUGUUUCCAGAUGCAGGGAUAUCUGAGAGACACUGGCAGGGGACAAAGGAGCCGGUUGUGAUACUGCUGGGCUGGGCUGGCUGCAAAGACAAGCACCUCUCCAAAUACAGCUCCAUCUACAACGAACAGGGGUGUGUCACCAUCCGCUACACAGCCCCCUUAAAGACAGUCUUCAUCUCCGAGUCCUUUGGCUACAAGGAGCUGAGAAGUACGGCCCUCAAGCUGCUGGAGAUCCUCUUCGACUAUGAGGUGGAGAACAGUCCCAUUUUCUUUCACGUAUUCAGCAACGGCGGCUUCAUGCUAUACCGUUACAUCGUAGAGCUGUUGCACAAUGACAAACAGUUCAGCUCACUGUAUUUGAUAGGGGCUGUAGUGGACAGCGCCCCCGGCAGUGGGAAUGUCCGCGGGGCCCUGCGAGCACUGACGGCCACCUUGGGGCCAAAAAUAAGUCCCGUUUUGCGGUACGUCCUCCUAGCUCUCUUCGCAGUGACUGUUUUCCUCUUGCGAGUCGUGCUGUACCCCUUGACCAAGUACGUCCACAAGAACCACUACGACGCCGUGCAGGACAGCCCGCCCGCCUGGCCUCAUUUGUACCUAUACUCCAAAGCCGACCAGGUGAUCAGGCACAAGGACGUCGAGCUCUUCGUGGAGUCUCUGAAGCUGAAAGGCGUCCCCGUGGACAGUUUCGAUUUUGAGUCCAGUCCUCACGUCGGCCAUUUCCGGGAUUUCCCUGAGCGGUACGCUCUCAAGUGCCGCAACUUCCUCGUUUCUUGCAUGAAAGACUUGGAAGGGACUGAAAUAAAAAGGAGACGUGUUCAAAGUCAGUGAAACUUGGAAAGUGUCUGAGAUCGGGAGAUUUCGCCAAGUAGUCUUUUCACUAAUUUACCUUUGACGGGAAGAAAAUCACACUGCUUAGUUUUUUUCUGCGACGGUCAGGAAAAUCAGACAGAAAAUGGGAGAUUUCUGCAAUUUUGCCACUGAACUACAUCAAGAUGGAUGUUCUCCUAUCUUGGUGCGUGCACUUAAAAGGAAGGUUCCACAAAUGUGGUCUAGUUACACUCCUCAUAUAGGUCCAGUAUGUAGGAUUUUGUGACAGUGGGAAUGCAGACUCCAACGUAAUAGCCAACUUGGCUCACUGAACUCUGGUAAGCAUGAAGAUGAAGCUAAAAAUGCAAAGUGACCUCUAGAAUCUAGAGUCAAUGUUUGCUUUGUCUGGUCUGGGAAACAUAAUCAUCAGUAUUAUAUUCCAUUUCCACCUUUAAAUCCUACACACCGGACCUCUUAUCUGUAUGUCUUAAAGACCCUCCAUGAAACACUGUAACUCACAUGCUGCUGAAGCGUGUGAGAUAAAGGCCUAACCCUGCCCUCUCAAAUGUUUUUCACACCUUCAUGUACCACGUUAAACUAUAUCUUAAUAAAACCAAUAGAAACAGUUGCUGUACACUGGAAAAUUGGGACUUUAGGAUGAUAUUUAGUAUUUAAUAUUGCUGUGAAAUGUGAUGCAUCGUAGAUUAGUAGUAGUGACUCUAAAACUGAUGAAAGUGGUUAAUCUAUCUUCUAUUUAUGAAAUUUAAUAAUAUGUCUCCUUAUUUUCAUUUUUGAUUGGUUAUUAAUUAAAUUAAGUAAAUAUAACGAAGACAACUGUCAAAUAUUUAAAAUGACUGACUUGUUUUCUUCACUAAAAAAAAAAAAAAAAAAAGUAUUUCCCUGUUCAAAAAGUUUAGAAGAAUCGGCCCUGAUAUGUGAAUCAAGGUGUGUUUAGUUCAAGGACAAAGUUGAUUGACAAUGAAUGUAUAUGUAUAUGUCCUCCACAGCGGAUGUGUUCCUUUUAACUGAUGUGCCUUCAAUAAACCAGAAUGCUCAUUAAAAAAAAAGAAAACUGUUAUUUCCAGAUA